AGGAGGCGACACAGUCCUGAAGACCCAGGGCCCCCAGCUAGUGGCCUCGCUCUAGGAUGGGGCCAGCUUGGCUCUGGCUGCUGGGAGCAGGGAUUCUGGCCUCCAUCCAUUGUCAGCUUUUUCCUGCCCAUGAAGAUAAGACUCUGGUGGUGCCUCAACCCCCCAGCCAUCAGCUCUCAGACCCAGCCCCUGCCUACCACAAAAUCACACCCACCAUUACCAACUUUGCUUUGCGUUUGUAUAAGCAGCUGGCAGCAGACACCCCAGGAAACAUCUUCUUCUCUCCAGUGAGCAUCUCCACCACCCUGGCCCUGCUCUCUCUCGGGGCCCAAGCUGACACAGCAACUCAGAUCUUGGAGGGACUGGGCUUCAACCUCACAGAGAUCCCAGGAGCGGACAUCCACCAGGGCUUCCAGAGCCUCAUGCACACCCUUAACCUGCCCAGCCCCAAACUUGAACUAAAAGUAGGAAACUCCUUGUUCCUAGACAAGCAACUAAAACCUCAGCAGCACUUUUUGGACAAGAUCAAAGAGCUGUAUGGAGCUUUCGCUUUUUCUGCCAACUUCACAGAUUCUGCUACAACUGGGAAGCAGAUCAACGACUAUGUGAGAAAGCAAACGUACGGGCAGAUCGUGGACUGCCUCCAGGAGUUCAACCAAGACACGCUCAUGGUUCUCUCAAAUUACAUCUUCUUCAAAGCCAAGUGGAAGCAUCCUUUCAAUCGCUACCAGACCCACAGGCAGGAGAGCUUCUUUGUGGAAGAGAAGACCUCUCUCCACGUACCCAUGAUGCACCAGAAGGAAAUGCACAGAUUCCUCUAUGACCAGGAGGUGGCUUGCACCGUCCUCCAGAUAGAAUACAGCGGAAAUGCGCUGGCGCUGAUCAUCCUCCCUGAUCCAGGGAAAAUGGAGCAGGUAGAGGCCGCUCUGCAGCCAGAGACCCUGAGAAAGUGGAGCCAGGUGCUCCUGCCCAGUCUGUUGGAUUUGCAUUUGCCAAGGUUUUCCAUUUCUGGAAUAUAUAACCUGGAAGAGAUACUUCCCCAAAUUGGUCUCACCCACAUAUUCAGCUUAGAAGCUGACUUAUCAGGAAUCACUGGGCAGCUCAACAAAACCAUCUCCAGGGUGUCACACAAGGUGGUGGUGAACAUCAGUGACAAGGGAACAAGGGUGGGGACAGCCUCGGGCCUCCUCUCCCAGCCCCCAUCUCUGAAUGCAACAUGGACCCCACGAGCCCAUCUCAACAGACCUUUCCUGCUGCUCCUUUGGGAGGUGACCACCCAGAGCUUACUCUUCCUGGGAAAAGUUGUCAACCCAGCUGCAGGGUGACCAUGCGGGAGGCCAGAGGUGUCUUAGGUCUUCCCCAAUCAAACAGGAAGCGCAGCCCCAGCCUGUACCGUGGGGCUGCUGUGUGGACCAGUUCAUCAAUGUGCAAGGAUCCUAAUAAAGUUGAC